UCAUAUCACUUGUUUACAGUUAUGGGAGCAGGGUGUGGGUUUCCCAUGCAACUCGCUGAGGGGCUGGAGGUUUUCCCUGAGAAGCGGUGGCACAGGCUGGCUGGAGUACCUUGGCGUGGGCCCCCCAGCCUCCUGGCGAUGCUGCCCCAUGUCUGCUGUCUAGCACCACCGUUUUUGGAUGCCUGCUGAAUCUGCUGUGGUGAUGUGAUCGCUGGUUGCUAGGUGGUGAACGGAAAGGCACACGCUGGACACUGAGGCAUCUGCCAUGGCUGUGGCAUGAGUCGCUAGCUGUAGUCUUUUGGGGGCGGCUGGAAUCUGGCACACGGGCUUCCCGCGAUGGCUGAGGUGUGCGACACUGAUUACCUCUGGAGGGAGAUCCAGGGAGCGAAACUGGCCUCUCUGUUCGGAAUGGACCAGGCCACAGCUCAGGGGAACGAGUCCUUCCAGUAUACCGCUCCCAAACAGCCCAAGAAGGGCUCUGCCGGCUCGGGCCCCCCAGGGGGGAAGUCCACAGCGCCCCCUGGAGCACCUGCUGUCCUUUUUGCCACGGCCGUCAAUGCAUUUCAGUAUGUGAAUGGACAGUACAUGAAGCAGGGGAAGCUGGGAGCUGCGGUCCUGGGUCACCAUGCAAGCAGAGAGUACAAGAUUUUGCUGUAUGUCAGUCAGCAGAAGCAGGUGACCAGCACCCGGAUCCACACGGGCUUUGUGUUCACGGUCCAGCCCAGCAACUAUGGCACCUUCUACGAUGAGCAGCGUCAGAACUGGUCCCUGAUGUUUGAGUCAGAGAAGGCAGCCGAGGACUUCUGCAAGCAGGUGUGCCUGGCCAAGGCAAACAGCACCCCCACUCUGGACUCGGUGGUCACACAGGAGCUGGUGCUGGGCGAGGGGCAGAGGGUGGAGGUCGGGGACACCCUGGAGGUGGCAUACACGGGGUGGCUGCUCCAGAACCAUGCAGUGGGACAGAUGUUCGACUCGAACCUAAACAAGGACAAACUCCUGCGGCUGAAGCUGGGGGCUGGUAAAGUGAUCAAGGGCUGGGAGGAAGGCAUGCUGGGAAUGCGAAAGGGUGGACGGCGCCUCCUGGUGGUGCCCCCUGGACAGGCGUAUGGCUCUCAGGGCGUCCCCAGCCGCAUUCCCGCCAACAGCACCCUGAUCUUCGAGACGGAGAUACGGAGGGUGAAGUUCGCCAAGGACGCCGGGCUGGACCGAGUCAGCACUGGGUCGCGGGACUCUGCCGCCCCCUCCCCGGCCCCCAGCGUGGACAGCACCGGGCCGGACACAGCACAGCCCCCCAGUGCUGUGGCAGCCAAACACGGAGACGUUCCCUUACGGGCGAAGUCCGAUUCCCUGAAUGAACAGCUGGCAAAUCCCGACUCCACCAAGGCCAAGCUGAUCUCCCGCAUGGCCAGGAUGGGCCAGCCCAUGCUCCCCUUCCUCACGGGGACCCUGCCCUCCCAGCCUGACUCCAGUGACUCCGAGAUGGAGGACCACAGCGGGUCUCGAGAUAGAAAGCACCCCCCUGCCCCCUCCCCCCAGCCUGUGCAGAUUUCGGCCACGCCCCCAGUCUCAGCUCAAGGUGUACCCGCCCCGUCUGCCUCUAUGCUUCCGGUUUCCAUGACGACAGCCAAUCAGCACCUAGGGCCGCCAGGUUCUGUUCAUGCCUUCCAGCCAUACUCAUACAGCCAGUCAACUGCAAACACAUCCCAGCUACAGCCAGUAAGCCAGAUGUACACCACGCAGACCGUGCCGUACCAGGGCCCCAGCGACAUCACUGCCUUCUUGAUGACUGAGGCCCGACAGCACAACACGGAAAUCCGCCUGGCCGUGGGCAAAGUGGCCGAUAAAGUGGACCAGCUGGCCUCCAAGGUGGAUGACCUUCAGAAGCAGGGAGGGGUUUCCCUUGGCCUGUCCAACGUCUCUAUGGAGACGGCCAUGAUCAUGCACAACAUACAGAGGAUCAUCCAGGAAAACGAGUGUCUGAAGAAGGAGGUGUUCGAGAAGAGCUCCAAGAUCGAGGAGCAGAAUCGGAAGAUUGGGGAGCUCAUCAACCAAAACCAGAGGUACAUGGAGCAGAGCAACCUGCUGAUGGAGCAGAGGAAUGACUCGAUGAAGUCUAGCAGUGAGCAAAGCCAAGCCCGCAUGCUGCAGGCUGAGCUGGACAAGCAUGCACUGCCACAGGACCUGGGAUGGGGGCAGGUACGUCUGACGGAGGAGCUGGCGUCGUCCGCAGCACGCGUGUCCCAGUUGCAGCUGGAGGCCAGUUCACAGCAACAGAAAGCCGCUGAGCUGCAGGUCAAGCUGGGCGCCGCCCUGCAGGACGGAGAGAGGCACUGCACGCGGCUUGCAGCGCUCGAGAGCCAGGUGGAAGAGUUGAAGGAGCAGGCGGAGCGAGCACAGACGCAGUACCGCGGCGAGAAACAGAAACGGCGGGAGAUGGAGCUGAAGCUGAGCAGUGUGGAGGAGGAGCUGCAGGACCUGCGGGUGGAGAAGGAGAGCCUGGAGCGCGCGCUGGCCGAUAGGAAGAGGAAGUGGCAGGCGGAGCGUCAGCGCAGCGAUGCGGAGCUGGAGGAGGCGCGGAGGAGCGGCCAGCAGGAGGUGGAGAGCCUGAAGGCCCAGCUGCGGAGGGCCAGGAGCAGCACGGACCAGGCGGCUGCGGAGCAGCUGACACAGCUGCAGGCGGAGCUGCAGACAGAGUGGGAGGCGCGGUGCGAGCGGGAGCUGGCGUCGGCCCGGGAGCGGCAUGGGCGCGAACGGGCGGAGCUACAGGAGCAGAAGGAGGCGCUGGAGGAGAAGCUGGCUCAGCUGCAGGAGAAGUUCUCUGCGCUGAAGCUGUCCCGCGAGUCAGAGGAGCAGCGGCUGCUCCAGCAGCAGGAGCAAGGGGAGGAGCUGCAGGCACUGAGACAGAAGUGCUCGGACCUGCAGGAGCAGGCGGGGGCCGUGAAGCAGCAGCUGAAGUCGCACGUAGCUGAACUGGAGAGCAGGCUGGCCGAGCAGAGCCAGGCAGACACUGCAGGGGAGGUGAAACGUGUGAUGAAUGGUGUGUUCCAUUCACUCCGGGGGGAGUUUGACCUGCAGGAGAGCUACACGGGCAGCGCCAUUCUGGGGGUCAUCGUCAGCACCAUAAAGAGGGUAACCCUGCAACUGCUGACUGAGGCAUCUCAGAAGAACGAAAACGACGAGGAGGAGGAAGAUGAGGAAGAGGAGGCAGGACCGGGGGAGGAGAAGCCUUCACAAGAAGUGCAGUCUAAUGGAAAGAUGGAGGAGGUAGAGGAGGAGAAGCCAGCACUACAGGAGGAGAACAGCGUGCAGACCUAUGUGGGCCUCCAGGCCAGGGAGGAAGUGGAUCAGCAGGAAGUAUGUCAACAGGAAGUGACCACUGCGGAGAAGCAGGAAGUGGGUCAGCAGGAAGUAAGUCAACAGGAAGUGACCACUGCAGAGAAACAAGAAGUUGGACAGCAGGAAGUAAGUCAACAGGAAGUGACCACUGCAGAGAAGCAGGAAGUGGGUCAGCAGGAAGUAACUACUACCAAGAAACAGGAAAUGAAGGGGGACCCUAAGGGGGAGCUGGCCCCGGAAGUGAGACCUGCAGAAAUGGCAUUUGCUCCAUCUACAGCGGACAACCAGCCUGAGGCCACAGCAGCAAACCAUGUCCAACCUCUGAGCUCAGAUCUGGAAGCAGAGGCCCAGGCUGAGGUUGUGGAUCUAGGUGUGGAUGGUGGGGGUCCACAAGGGGAGCCCCAGGUAACAGAGUCAGCCCCUACUGGACCCCCCACACGACCACCACCACCCCCCGACCCUCUGCGGGGUGAAAUGGGCGAAACUGUCAGUUCGUCUGAGGGAGUAGAGGAGGAAAAUGGAGCAGGGCCAUUUUUCCAGAAAGCAGCCCCAACCAAACCCCCCCCACCACCCACGGAGGAGGAGGAUGAUGAGCUGAGCCUGAAGGGCCGCCCGCCUCCAGCCCCCCUAUUCGGUGAUGACGACGACGACGACGAUGACCUGGAUUGGCUAGGCUGAUGGCAGUAUGAGUGCGUGCAUGUGCGUGUGCGUGUGCGUGUGCGUGUGAUGGGUCACGGGUCAUUGGGGCAGUCCCGCUUCUCGCCAGGCGUGAUCCUUUCCGUCCUGCAAAGAGCAGGAAAUAUAAUGACACUGUAAGAGCCUCAGAUCUAUCUCUGGCGAUGAGGCAAUAUUUUGCUCCAGUCAGUUUCCCUGCCUAUGCCUCUCUCUCACAGGCAGGGACACGCCCCCUGCUGGUGAACCAGCCUAUCAGACUGUGUGCUGACCUCCGCAGUCUGCUGUGCUCUGGUGGGUGGACAGUGGACUUAUUUGGCCUUAAUGGCAAACAUGUACGUUUUAGUGGUGCAACAAAAUCUUCAUAGCCUCGGAUUUCUUAAACUUCUCCAGAACAUGUUUGAACUGAAUGUCUCUCGUAUAAUUAACGGUUGUCAGUUGUUUUCCACAAACGAGAACUGGAUAACGCUAAACUACAAAUUUCAACGUCCAAGAAAAUCAUUCUGUGUUACCAUUCAGAGGUUAUUUUUGGCCUCUCGUGACCUCACUCUGCUACCAAACUUCUCUAACAUAGAAUGAUGAAUUAUUACAGAUUAAUAAAAUGUUUUCUCUAA